AUGUCUUCUAAGAUAGAGAAUUUUGAAGAGGCGUUUCGGGUCAUAAAAAUUGAUGAAAAUAACUACGUGGGUGCACAUCCGUUGAGACUACCCAUGAGUAUUGCCAGAGGUGUUUAUGGAGGACAUAUAUGUGCACAGGCAUUGUUAGUGGGAAUGGAAUCUGCGCCUGGUUAUAUCCCUGAUUCAUUUCAUCUAUACUUCAUUGGGGCAGGGAAUCACAAAAAACCUAUGUCCUAUAAAGUAACAAAAGUACUUGAGGGAGAUGCAUAUGCCAGCCGGUUGAUCGAAGUAAUCCAGGAUGGCCAGAUCAAAUCCAACUGCAUGGUUACUUUACGAAAGAAGGGAAUUUUAGCAAAAAAGUCUAGUAGAGACGAAAAUCUCGGCAGCCCGUAUGAAAUCCCCAGGGUCCACACAAAAAUUGAUGAUCCUAGCAAACUACAUAAAGUUCACCACACAGACUACAUCAAAAACGCUUAUUCAGAUGAAUUUUUAGAUCACAAUUUAGUGCCCCAGGAGAAGGACCAGGCUCCAGCGGACCGUUGGAUUACAGUUUACAGCGCAAUUGACCAACAAAAACUGUUUAAAAAUCCGCUUUAUAAUUAUGUUGGUAUCGCAGACUUAUCAGACUCCGCUCUUCUAACUACUCUUGCAAGAGUAUUGCAUUUCCCAUGGAACCCCACUGAAAAUUAUUCCCCCGACGAAUUUGAUAGUGAAAGAGACGCCCGUAUCCUACUCAAACUGUCCUUCAAUAUUCUACAUGUGUUUCACUACAAUGCUAUGUCUUUAGACCACCAUAUCUACUUUCAUACCGACGAUUAUGAAAAUGCAUUCGAUAUAUGUCAAGAUUGGUUGACCUUUACUUACCAAGUAAAACGCUUGUCUAAUCACCGCUCGUUAGUGAGGGGUCAUUUGUUCAACAAAGAAGGUUCGUGUGUUGCAACUGUGGUUCAAGAAGGUUUGGCAUACCUUUUCUCGGAUGUAGCUAAUCACCUUUAG